GGGACCUUUCACGGCACAGAGGGACGGCAACGAGAAAAAGGCACAUCGGUCCCUAAUAUCAAAAUUUCCCAGGCCGCCGUCUUCUCCGCUGCCUGGUCGCGGCUACCGAAGGGAGGUCCUGAGGUGUAUAUACCCGAAACUGAGGGAAUCCGCCGCAGACACCGCGCUAGUCAACGCCUUCAGAAACCCCAAUGUGGACGGCUGCAGCGGCCAAUCCCCCGGCCCGGUUGCAGUGACGGGCAGCAGCAGCGCCCGCCCUCAUCCCAUAAGCGUGGGGACCAGCUGAGUGGCUGCGGUGCGCACUGUCCGGGUUGUCCCUCCAACCCCCCCCUCCCCCACUGCAAGCUAUGGAACACCCCCGGGAGAAGGAGCCGGAGCGGGCGGGCCGCAGCAGCAAGGGGGCGGCGCAGGGGCGGAGCAGCCACACCCGUCCAUCGGGUUUCUCCAGCUCAUCGGGGGUCCUCAUGGUGGGGCCCAACUUCCGCGUGGGCAAGAAGAUCGGCUGUGGGAACUUUGGCGAACUGAAGCUGGGCAAAAAUCUCUACACCAACGAGUACGUGGCUAUCAAACUGGAACCAAUAAAAUCGAGGGCACCACAGCUACAUUUGGAGUACCGUUUCUACAAAACAUUGGGAAGUACAGCUGAAGGACUACCCCAAGUGUUCUACUUUGGCCCGUGUGGAAAGUACAAUGCCAUGGUGCUGGAGCUGCUGGGGCCGAGCCUGGAGGACCUGUUCGACCUGUGUGACCGCACUUUCUCCCUUAAGACCGUCCUCAUGAUUGCCAUCCAGCUGAUCUCACGCAUGGAGUAUGUGCACUCCAAGAACCUCAUCUACCGGGACGUGAAGCCAGAGAACUUCCUCAUCGGUCGGCAGGGCAACAAGAAGGAACACAUCAUCCACAUCAUCGACUUCGGCCUGGCCAAGGAGUACAUCGACCCUGAGACCAAAAAACACAUCCCCUACCGGGAGCACAAGAGCCUGACCGGGACGGCGAGAUACAUGUCCAUCAAUACGCACCUGGGGAAAGAGCAAAGCCGACGAGAUGACCUGGAGGCACUGGGUCACAUGUUCAUGUACUUCCUGCGGGGGAGCCUACCCUGGCAAGGGCUCAAGGCGGACACUCUGAAGGAGCGAUACCAGAAAAUUGGAGAUACUAAACGCAACACUCCCAUUGAGGUCCUCUGCGAGAACUUCCCAGAGGAGAUGGCCACCUACCUGCGCUAUGUAAGGCGGCUCGACUUCUUUGAGAAGCCCGACUACGAUUACCUGAGGACCUUGUUCAUGGAGCUGUUUGAGAGGAAGGGAUACACCUUCGACUACACUUACGAUUGGGUCGGCAGGCAGAUUCCUACACCGGUGGGGUCCUCCCACAUGGACUCUGGGGCGUCUGCCAUUACGAGGGAAAGUCACACCCACAGAGAGCGACCCUCUCAGCACCAACCUCAGCGGCAUCAGCAGACGACUGCUUCUGACCGCAGAGGAGCUUGGGAAGCGCAACCAAAUCGCCAGACAAACUCAUCCUAUCUGAGCCACUUGGCAGCAGACAGGCACGGUGGAUCAGUGCAGGUGGUCAGCUCAACCAAUGGGGAGCUGAAUGCAGAUGACCCACUGGCAGCCCACUCUAACGCACCAAUCACAGCCCAGGCCGAAGUAGAAGUGGUGGAUGAGGCCAACUGCGUGAAAAUGCUGAACCUGUGGUGUUGCUGCUUCUUUAAGAGGAAACGGAAGAAGAAUGCCCCAAGACACAAAUGACCCCCGCCUCCCCACCCCAGCCGUUCCACAGGCUUCCCCUUGGUUGUUUUUGGUUUCCGAGGAGCUUGAAUAAUAGAACUGAGGCAGAGAUGGAGAACAUGGGAGAAUGCUUCUGGCUGGUUGCUGCAGUAGGAGCAACCCCCCCCCUCCGCCCCCCACAAUCCCAACCUGCUAAAAUGGUGGUCCUCCAAGCCUUGGAACCAGACAACCAUGUUGAGAGACGCAGCCCUCCAAGUGGAACAGAGAGGAGCUGGGAAGGUCCUCCAGCAGCAACGGGCUUCUCGACAUUCCCUCCCCAACAAUCCUACCCAUGUGAAAUGCGCAACAUACUCUGCUAACUGGCCCUCUCCUUACCAGAAACCAGGGACGACAGCACAGUUCCUCCUUUUACUGGGGCAGGCCUCUUGGUCACCUUCCACUGCUGUAAAGCCAGUAACUAACGCAGCAUUCAGCCUGAGCAGCCCUGGGUCUCUCAGAAGGGCUUCUCGCUCCUGCAUCAUUUCGGCUCUGCCUUCUGCUGCGCUGGUUCAGGACUCUCUCACUCACAGUGCCAAGGCACAGCCUGAUCUGUCCUUUUGCCCUUCAUGGCUGCCUUUUGUCCAGCAACAUAAGAUGGAAAUGUCCACCUUUAGAUGCUGCUGCUCACUCGUGCUUUGCUGUUGGCCUCGGGUGGCACCAAGGGGUGACGGCUUACCUGGACCGAGUCUCUCCUGCAGGACCAGCAGCGAUGCUCUUUGCUUCUCCUGUUUGUCGCAACUAGCUUUGUGAGGACAGAAUGAUGCUCUGCCAAGGCCUAUGUCAAUGUCUUCAGUCUUGUGAAGACUGGAGCCAUGGCUACAAUUGAGGAUUUGGAGAGUAUCUACCCUGUUCUUGUUGCCUUUCACCAACAGCAGCCCUGACCUCUUAGUUCUAGCAAGAAGGCAGUAGAGGACCAAUGCCAUGGCAGGUGUGUCCUGUAGGGCGGGCGACACAGAAUGAACAGCUGGAGACAAAUGGAGAGCAAAGAAGGUACUCGCAGAUUUUUUUAAAAAAACACCAUCUUGUUCAUUGUUGGCCUAUUCCCAUUGGGACACUAUUCAGCUGCUUAUUGACAAACACCUUUUUAUGCUCCUGCCCUGACCUGCUGAAUCCUGCAUUUUGACAGAUGUAUCACUCCUAGGAACAGAACCACCCCUUUUUGUCCUGCAUAGGACAGGACUGCGUGUCCUUGAAUGUUGAGUGUUGUUGUGGCAUUGUCAACCAGGUUCUAGAGGAGCCAUUCCCCCCGCACAAACACCAGCAGCACGUUACGGCCUGCACUUAAAACAGAAAUUCAACAGACGUUUGCCUAACUGAGUGCCCCAAGGCAGAAACUCCUUCAGUGAAGGACCAGCCCUCACUAGGAACGCUUACCUCCCUUUUUGACAGUUUAUUGAGAAUGUUGAAGGACGCUGCGUAUGGUUUAUCAAGGUCCAUAGUAUCAGUUUAAGGUGGUGUACAUUGUAAUAGGUCAGUUAAAAUACUGGAGACCCAUGGCAUUGUUCUGUGGGAAAGUUUCUCAUGGGAGAUUGUUCUUCUCGGCUUUUGGGAAAAUGGAAUUUAGACUUCCAAACCCUUAAGGUAAGCUUGACUUCUCCAGUGCCAUUCCUUGGCCUUAUUGAUGCUUUAGGCUGGUUCAUUCGAUGCUCUGGGUAGUCUGUUUAACAGGGAUUGUUGGUGAGCGUGUUCUGGGCUCUCCUGAUUUGUAUCUGCUUAUCGAAUCGGUGAUCUACACUCCUGAGAAGGCGUCAUAAGCUGGCUGAGUGUUUGUGGUGACUGAGGGAGGUAAGGGGCAAAGGGACUGGGCUCUCUCCCAAAAACACAGGCCACAUCCUGCAAACUCUACUGUCAGAUGCCUUAACCCGACCAUCCCUUUGCAAAAUCCAGCAGGGGGCGCUGGCUCAUGGCACCAGCCCCCGCCUGGACCUCCUCGGCUCUCAAACAUUUAAAGCCACCAAAUCUAGCGUGUCCCCAACAUUAAAGGGGAAAUUCCUUUUUUUUUUUGCAGAACUUUUUUGAUCGAUUCCUCCUUGUCUUCUUCUUCUAAGUUGCCUUUUAUAAUUUUUUUCCCCACGUUCUGUUGCCAUGCUACAACUCUUCAAGGGGCUGUAGAAGAGCAAAUAUGGGAAAACCCUUUUUUUUUUAUUUCGUAUUUGUUCUCCCUCCGAAAUAGGAUUUGUUUUGGAUGAAGGCGAAAUUAGUUAAAAGUGAUAAUGUUGCCUUUUUCAGUCAAUGCCUGCGUGCAGCAUUAAUUGGGGUUGUCAUAUUUCAUUUAAUUCUCUUUUACUAAAUGUGAAUUGAAAAAUGUAAAUACUUUUUUAUGCCAUGCUUUGAUCUGGGAAGUGCAGGAAACAGCUGGUGGAUCUGAUUGCACUGUGUUCCCUGUUUACCUGCCGUGCGACCCAGGUCUUGUGCUACACUGUACCUGUACUCAUGAAAUGCGAGUCUCUCAGAGCAACAGAAGAUGAAAAACAAAAGGCUAAUGGACAAUGGGUUUUCUAUUAUUUAUGGAAUUUUAUCAAUGUACCAAAAUCCUUCUUUUUGUUUGCAUUCCAUCACAAUCCUUAAGUGCGUGUGUGUGCAUGUGUGUGACUUUUGUUUAUACUUUUUAUUAUUUAUACUUUAGCUGAAUAUACAAAAAUCAACACUAGUCUAUUAAUUCACCUCCUGGUGGGGUGCUGGAAUUGGUGUCCUGUUUUAGUUGUUGUCUACAACUACUGAACUACUGAAUCUUGGCUACCACCAGCGACUUGGAACAACCCUGAUUUCCCAUAAGUCUUUGGGCAAGAGAACCACUUUUCUGUAUGUACUUGCGUGUCGUCGUCUUUUUCUAGUUUGUCUCCGUUGCUCUAUGCCACAGUGUAAAUUAUUAUAUCAAAUGUACUUGAAUCUUAAAGCCAGGGGAUGUCUACUCCUCUCAUAUGCCAUUAUUUCUGAGACGCUUGUGGGGGGGCAGAUGAAUUUUCUAUGUAAAUAAGACGCUUUGUGGGUAUAUAGAAAUAUAGUGUUCCCCAGUGGAGAUGCAUGACUAGCCCCUAGCUACGUUUGUAUACAAGGCUGACUUUCGCUUGGACCGUUGUCAUGUUUUGUUGUCGUGGUCGUUUAGUUGGUUCCGGGUUUGCCGUCUGUGAGGGGCUGUGAAUAGACCCAACACUUGUUCCCCCAGCUCCAGGUGCCUCAGAACGCAAAGAUCUUCAGAGCUGCAGUUAACAUGAAUUUGCUUGUCUUCUCAUGUUCCCCAUGGUUGUAUGUGUUGCUCGGGUUUUGUAUCCUUGUUCGCGGGCUUCCUGGACGGGCGAUCUACCCUUACCUGUUUUACUCCAGCUGAGCUCUGCUUGCUGUGUUUCGUAACGUGGCAUCAAAGGGUGAGGUGACUAUAGACUCCAGUGACCCCAAGAUGAUUUUAUCAUGAACUGCAAAGCUCUGAUACCGAUCGGACGUGUCAUCCUGCCACUUCUGAAGGCAGACUAGGAAAGCAGCCCUACCACCAGAAAAACCCCCCUCUGUCCCCUGUGCCAAGGUACUGGGCUCUUGGCAUGAACAUUCCAUUUUGCACUGUGUAGGUCAAACUCCAUUUGGCAUCCAGCUUGCACGAGGAAUGAUUUACUACAAACUGUUGUGCAGAGACGGUGUGUUUAAAAUCUCACUUCUUUGCAAAUUGACCCCCCCCCCCCCCCCCCCCCCGACAUCAAUUAAGGCGGCAAAGCUUUGUCGUAACUUGAAUGACCAGAGUCUCAGGAUAGAUGUUGAAGCCAGACCGUCUUGUAUUUUCCCCCUCGCUUCCUAAAUUACACGUCCGACCUGCCAUUUGAAACAAUGUGGUUGUAGCUACCUGUGAGUAUGAUGUCAGAGUAGGGCGUGGCUUACGUUCCCGCUCUUUUUAUAUUGCGUCGCCGCGGCUACCCUAGCUUCCUCUGAUUGUUUUGGCAGCAUCUCCAGCACACUUUGCUUCCAAAGGUGGCACAGAUUUCCGUUGCCUUUGUUCUGGUGAUCAGAACCUGCUAAAAUGCUAUUAGAUUUCUCCAUCCUUGUUCUGCCCGCCAGGCUUACCUUGGCAUGAAGAUGACUUUUUGUUCCCCUGCGGUUGACUGAUACUCUGUAGUUUCUGUACAGACCUGCUCUAUUCAUUAAACAGGCCUGUCAAAUAAGCUUCGCCACAUUCACACAUCCACCUCAUCAGACAUCCCCACCGCAGCCUCUCCAGGUUCGUUUAGAAUCUUCCUAGACCAGCAUCCCAGUCGGCUCCCUUUGAACCAGACUGGACCCGCUGGCUGGUGUGUGUUGUGCUUGUCGCUUUCCUGCGGCUCAGUGGCACGCAUUAAGACCUCAGCGAUCUCAAGGCGAUGGCGUUUGUUCCUCGUGCACUGUUUAAGUUGCUAUGCUGUACAAUUUGUGUUAGACAGGCAGGGAGAGGGGAACGAAAUGACUGCAAUAUUAAAAUUAUUUUCAACUGUAAAUUGUACAAAGGUGAUUGUUAUAUUUUUUUGUUAAAGGUGGACUCAGAAAACCGUUUAAUUUUUUUUUUUUUUCCUUUAUCAAAGCUCUGGAAAGCAAACCUGUACAGUACCGAAAGAGUAUUUCUCCUCUUAUGGCAACGGUUUCGAUGCUACGGCUAAAAGUUAAGUCUUAAAACUGUAAUGAAUAUUAUUGUGUUGAAAUAUGAAUGUUACUUCAAAUGUAUAUGAAUGGUUUAACCUGGUUAAGGGCUUCAGAUGUGAAGGAGCCGUUUUUUUUGUCUGAUUUUAUUUCAAUAUUAUUCCUUCUAUUACUGUUGAGUUGCAGAAAGAAUAAGGUUGCAAUACUUUGUCUUAAACACCCUGUUUUUUCCAAAGGCUUCAUGUGAAACUUGCCACGUGACCUUUCAAGACUACACUUUUUAUUCCUGCCACAUGUAAAGGGAAACUCAAGUUUGCACCAUUUUUUUAAUGUAAAAAUAAAAAUCUCUUAACCUUUCA